AUGCAGGCCAUCAAGUGCGUGGUGGUCGGCGACGGCGCCGUGGGGAAGACCUGCCUGCUCAUCAGCUACACGACCAACGCCUUCCCGGGAGAGUACAUCCCCACCGUUUUCGACAACUACUCCGCCAAUGUGAUGGUGGACGGGAAGCCGGUCAACCUGGGGCUAUGGGACACUGCCGGGCAGGAGGACUACGACCGGCUGAGGCCAUUGUCCUAUCCCCAAACUGAUGUCUUUCUGAUCUGUUUCUCUCUGGUGAGCCCGGCGUCCUUUGAGAAUGUCCGAGCCAAGUGGUACCCAGAAGUGCGACACCACUGCCCCCACACGCCCAUCCUCCUGGUGGGCACCAAGCUGGACCUCCGUGAUGACAAGGACACCAUCGAGCGUCUGCGGGACAAGAAGUUGGCACCGAUCACCUACCCCCAGGGCCUGGCCAUGGCCCGCGAGAUCGGCUCUGUCAAGUACCUGGAGUGCUCAGCCCUCACUCAGCGGGGCCUGAAGACGGUGUUUGACGAGGCCAUCCGGGCUGUGCUCUGCCCGCCGCCUGUGAAAAAGCCGGGGAAGAAGUGCACGGUCUUCUAGAGGGUCUUCUAGAGGGGGCUUCGGGAGGGGCAGCCCCGCCCAGCCCCGGUUUGCUGUCGUGCUGACAUGUCUGGUGUCCUUGAGUCUGCUGUGGGGGAGUGGUGUGGGUGGGGAGGGGGAAGCAUGGGGACGAGGCCACCGCUCCUGGGGACAGGGCUGGGGCAGUGGGGUCCUGUCUGCUCUGUCUCCUCUCUUUGGGGUUAUAGCUCCAGCUGUACCUGGACCCCACGGGAGGCUGGAAGGGAGCAGGGUCUCCCUCAGGCUGCAGGGGCGGGUCCAGGGCAGCCCCAGGAUGGGCUUCCUGAUGGGGGGGGGGGGGGGGGGUGGGUCCUGUUCGAGCACCCCAGGAUCGGGUGGCUCUUACUUCUUUUAUACAAUAAACGUUCU